AUGGCACAACUUUCAGAUGCAAGUCUUUUUAAAGGAACUAUUCUUGAUUCUUUCGAGACAAACGGAUAUAUAUCCACUCCUCCAACUCCACUUCCGCCUCAAAAUUUCUUUGAAAAAGCAAAAAAAUUAGUUUCUGAUAACCCAAAGGCCACGGCUGGUGCAUUAACUGUGGGCGGCCUUGUUCUAGACCCACUUGCAUUUGUGGGUUUAGUAGGUGCGGUUGGAUUCGGUUCAGGUGGUAUAGCAGCUGGAUCAAUUGCAGCAUGGAUGAUGUCAUUACAAGGUGGCGCUACCGCUGCGGGCAUGACCGGAACUCUCAUAUCGAGUACUACAGGUGUCACGCUUUUGGGUGGGUUGUCUGCAUUGGUUUCGAAAAAAUUGGAUGAAAAUCCAGAAAACGCUUGA